ACUAGAGGAAUGUGUUGGAUUUCAGGGAGAGUUCAGCUGGGAACGUGCUAUCUGCCAAAAGAAGAGAAAGAGAGAGACAGAUACUCACGGUAAACCGAUAAAAAUAUGCCACAUUUCACUGUGGUACCAGUGCAGGAUAACUCUCCUUCCAACUAUGACAGUCUGGAGGGAAUAAACUGGGUGGAUUACAGAGACACAGGACAGGGAGAAUACCCUGGACAUGGAGACACGGUUAGCUCAGAUGGUUAUGGCAAUCAUAAAGAAGACAGUCCUUUCCUCAGCAGUUCAGACUUGGCAGCUAAGAGGAAUGACUACUACGACAAAAACUUGGCCCUCUUUGAGGAAGAGUUGGAUAGCCGACCGAAGGUCUCGUCUCUUCUCAGUCGGCUGGUCAGUUACACAAAUGUUACUCAGGGAGCCAAAGAACAUGAAGAGGCAGAAAGUGCUGAUGCAUCCAGACAAAUGCCCAAGUCUCCGAAUAUGGGCACACUGAUGGGAGUGUAUCUGCCAUGUCUGCAGAACAUCUUCGGAGUGAUUCUCUUUCUGCGUCUCACCUGGAUAGUAGGAACAGCAGGUGUCGUCCAAUCCUUCCUGAUCGUUCUCAUGUGCUGCUCCUGUACAAUGUUAACGGCAAUCUCGAUGAGUGCCAUAGCCACUAAUGGUGUAGUUCCAGCUGGUGGGGCCUAUUUCAUGAUAUCUCGCUCUCUGGGCCCUGAGUUUGGUGGUGCAGUUGGGCUCUGUUUUUAUUUGGGCACAACCUUCGCUGCUGCGAUGUACAUACUGGGAGCAAUUGAAAUAUUUCUGAAAUACCUGAUUCCUCAGGCUGCCAUAUUCCAUCCCGCAGAUAUUCAUGCAGGGAGUGGUGCCAUGCUGAAUAAUAUGCGGGUCUACGGCACAAUAUGUUUGAGCCUUAUGGCUGUUGUUGUCUUUGUGGGAGUCAAAUAUGUCAACAAACUCGCCUCCCUUUUCCUGGCCUGUGUCAUAAUCUCCAUUGUUUCCAUUUAUGCCGGUGCUAUUAAAUCUGUCUUCCAGCCUCCUGAGUUUCCGAUCUGCAUGUUAGGAAACCGCACACUAGUUCGUGAUUUGUUUGAUGUCUGUGGGAAGACAGUAGUUGUCGGUAAUGACACGGUUCCCAGCCAGCUCUGGAAGAACUUCUGCAGCUCUGAGAAUUCCAGCAGUGCUCACUGUGAUGAGUACUUCCUCCAGAACAAUGUUACAGAGAUCCAGGGCAUUCCUGGGCUGGCCAGUGGCAUCAUUAAAGAAAACAUGUGGGGGGAUUACAUAGAGAAAGGGCAGAUUCUCGAAAAGGCAAGUCUUUCUUCUGUUGAUGUCCAUGGCUCAAUGGAGACCUUUGGCUUCUAUGUGUCUGCUGACAUCGCCACGUCCUUCACCCUCUUAGUGGGAAUCUUCUUUCCUUCUGCCACAGGCAUUAUGGCAGGGUCAAACAGAUCUGGUGAUCUAAGAGAUGCACAGAAGUCUAUACCAAUAGGGACAAUCCUGGCUAUUACAACGACUUCUCUCGUCUACUUCAGCUCUGUGGUUCUAUUUGGGGCCUGUAUUGAGGGUGUGGUGCUGAGAGAUAAAUUUGGAGAUGCUGUCAAUAAAAACUUGGUGGUUGGCACACUGUCCUGGCCCUCUCCCUGGGUCAUUGUGAUUGGCUCCUUUUUCUCCACAGUGGGUGCAGGACUUCAGUCCCUCACAGGAGCUCCUCGCCUCCUCCAAGCCAUUGCUAAAGAUAACAUCAUUCCUUUCCUUAGAGUUUUUGGACACGGUAAAGCUAAUGGAGAGCCCACAUGGGCCCUGCUGCUGACAGGACUCAUAGCAGAGCUAGGCAUCCUCAUUGCAUCACUGGAUAUGGUCGCUCCUAUUCUCUCCAUGUUUUUCCUGAUGUGUUAUCUUUUUGUAAACUUGGCGUGUGCAGUACAAACACUUUUAAGAACGCCAAACUGGAGACCUCGUUUCAGAUACUACCACUGGGCUCUGUCAUUUCUGGGCAUGAGUAUGUGUGUAGCCCUUAUGUUCAUCUCCUCUUGGUACUAUGCCAUUGUAGCAAUGGGCAUUGCUGGUAUGAUCUACAAGUACAUUGAGUAUCAGGGAGCAGAGAAGGAAUGGGGGGACGGGAUCCGCGGGUUGUCUCUUAGUGCAGCCCGUUACGCUCUUCUCCGCCUGGAGGUUGGACCACCCCACACCAAAAACUGGAGGCCACAGCUGCUGGUUCUGCUGAAGUUGGACGAAGACCUGCAUGUGAAAUAUCCCAGAAUGCUUACAUUUGCCUCACAGCUAAAGGCAGGAAAAGGUCUAACCAUUGUAGGAUCAGUGAUACAGGGCAACUUCCUGGAACGCUAUGGGGAAACACAAGCAUCAGAACAGGCUAUAAAGAACAUGAUGGAGAUUGAGCGGGUGAAGGGCUUCUGUCAGGUGGUGGUCGCUUCCAAAGUGAGAGAGGGGGUCGCGCACCUCAUCCAGUCUUGUGGUCUGGGAGGCAUGAAACAUAACACAGUUGUAAUGGGCUGGCCGUAUGGCUGGAGACAGAGUGAAGAUCCACGGGCUUGGAAAACCUUCAUUAAUACAGUCCGCUGUACUACAGCUGCCCACCUGGCUCUGAUGGUUCCAAAAAAUGUCUCAUUCUAUCCCAGCAAUCAUGAGCGUUUUUCUGAUGGAUAUAUUGAUGUGUGGUGGAUUGUCCAUGAUGGUGGAAUGCUCAUGCUCCUGCCUUUCCUUCUCAAGCAACAUAAGGUCUGGCGUAAAUGUAAGAUGAGAAUCUUCACUGUGGCUCAAAUGGAUGAUAACAGCAUUCAGAUGAAGAAAGACCUGGCAACCUUCCUGUACCAGCUCAGAUUAGAAGCAGAGGUGGAAGUGGUUGAGAUGCACGACAGUGAUAUCUCAGCAUAUACAUAUGAGCGGACACUGAUGAUGGAGCAGAGGUCACAGAUGCUAAAACAAAUGAGGCUCUCUAGUGCAGAGAGAGACAGAGAGGCCCAGCUAGUGAAGGACAGACACUCGCUGAUAAGAAUGGGCAGUCUAUACUCCGAUGAAGAAGAGGAAACCAUUGAAGUAUUACCAGAGAAAAACCAGAUGACCUGGACUAAUGAAAAAAUAGAAGCGGAAAGACGACGAAACCGAAGCAAUGCACCAGAAAACUUCAGAGAACUAAUCAGCAUUAAACCUGACCAAUCUAAUGUUCGGCGGAUGCACACAGCUGUAAAGCUGAAUGAGGUUAUUGUAAAUAAAUCACAUGAUGCCAGACUCGUGCUGCUGAACAUGCCAGGACCUCCACGCAACCCAGAGGGAGAUGAAAACUAUAUGGAGUUUCUUGAGGUGUUAACUGAAGGGCUAGAGAGAGUGCUGCUUGUGAGAGGUGGAGGUCGUGAGGUUAUCACCAUCUAUUCCUGAAUGGCCAAAGAUCAAUACAUAGACCACUGCUACUGUUUGCUAUUAUAUCUAAUGCAAGUCAAAAAAGUGGCAUAUAAAGAAUAUGCAUUCUGAACAUCUUAUGCCAGCCUAAACAUUUCAUAGUUUAUGAAAAAGAGUUUUACACUAAAGUGUAAUUCAUUCGUUUAACAAUUCUUUUCACUUUAAAUAUUUUAGUGGCAUGUUUGUGCCAAGUUGUGCACCUUUUCAACUGAGCCCGUUCCACAUCCACACCAUAACAUUCAGAUUCACUUUGGAAUUUAGGGCAUGCUAACAGUUCAAUAGAAAAUAUUGUGGCUUGGGUCAGAACCAAGAAAAAUAUUUCACAACAGUUAACAGUAGUUAAUUUAGAAGAGAAAUAUUACAUUUCCUUUUAAUAUAAAAAAAUGACAUGCAAAACAUUAUCGUGUACAGGAAGACUACAUAAAAAACGAGCACAUUUGAUUAUUAUGACUUUCACUGCACAAGUAACAGAUCUAGUGCUUCCUGAUACAAGACUGAUCGAUUCAAAAUACCAGUGAUACAUUUAAAUUGCCAUUUGAGUGCUUGUAUUAUUUUUAUUUAUUUUGUCUUCAUUAUUUAUUUGUAAACUCCCCACU